GCCAGAGUUAUUUCUGUGGCGUUAGCUUGAUAAUAAAGUGGCCGCUGGCGGACAAGAACUUCUUAUGACAUGUCUCCUUUUUACAUGACGACUCCGCAUCUGUUGGAGGAGUCAGGAGUCCAGAUCUCCGUGUGACGGUCCUCGGAUAUCGGACUGCUCAAGUUUUACAACCACUGUUAGCCUGCGGACGAUCGUUUCAGCUAGCUGAAAACUGCUAUCAUUAGCCAGCUACUGUUCAGCUUUGACUUUUAGUGUUUCCCCACCGGGGGGCUGCCAGCGCCGUGAAUGAUGUGGAAAGUAACAUUGCAAACGUUUGGUGUUGUGCUGCUGGCAUGGUUCUUCGGGAACUUUGUUCUGGGCUGGUUUCAGCAGCUCAGCGUGAAACCGCAGACGCAGCACAGCGAGCGUCCGAGCGGAGCUGCGGACGGCCAGGACCAGAGCUGCUUCUGCCAUCUCACAGGUGUCCUGGAUGACUGUUUCUGUGAUGUUGAAAGCAUCGACAUCUUCAACAACUUCAAGCUCUACCCUCGCAUCAAGAAGCUGACAGAGAGAGACUACUUCAGAUACUACAGGGUUAACCUGAAGCGACCGUGUCCUUUCUGGCCUGAUGAUGGACACUGCUCCAUCAAAGACUGCCACGUGGAGCCCUGCCCAGAGAGCAAGGUCCCUGUUGGCAUCAAGUCAGGGAACUACAACAAGUAUUCCCAGGCAGCCAAUACAAUGUCGGACGUGGCAGAGUGUGAGCAGGCCAAAGAACUGGGUGCCAUCAACAGCACCCUGAGUAACCAGAGUAAGGAGGCAUUUGCUGACUGGGCGAGACACGAUGAUGCUCAGGAUCACUUCUGUGAGCUGGACGAUGAGACCUCUCCAGACGCUGAGUAUGUGGAUUUGCUUCUGAAUCCAGAGCGAUACACUGGAUAUAAGGGUCCUUCAGCCUGGAGAGUCUGGAACAGCAUCUAUGAGGAGAACUGCUUCAAGCCCAGAUCUGUCUACCGACCUCUGAACCCCCUGGCUCCCAGCAGAGGAGAUGAUGAUGGGGAAGGUUUCUACAACUGGCUUGAAGGUUUAUGUUUGGAGAAGAGAGUUUUCUACCGACUCAUCUCAGGCCUCCACAGCAGCAUCAACAUCCACCUGUGUGCCCAGUACCUGCUGGACGAGGGAUGGGGACGCUCAGUGUGGGGUCCAAACAUCCGGGAGUUUCGUCAACGUUUUGACAUGGCAGAGACAAAGGGGGAGGGCACCCGGCGCCUGAAAAACCUUUACUUCCUGUACCUGAUCGAGCUGCGGGCGCUCUACAAGGUGGCUCCGUACUUUGAACGAGCCAUUGUCAACCUGUACACUGGAAGUGCUCAGGAGGACGGAGAGACCAAGGACCUGCUGCUGCAGAUCUUCAAUGAGAUCAAAGCUUUUCCAAUGCACUUUGAUGAGAAGUCCAUGUUUGCCGGACACAAACUGGAAGCCAAAACAUUAAAGGAGGAGUUCCGACUUCACUUCAAGAACAUCUCCAGGAUCAUGGACUGUGUCGGCUGCAGCAAAUGUCGACUCUGGGGGAAACUGCAGACCCAGGGUCUAGGUACAGCUCUGAAGAUCCUCUUCUCUGAGAAGGAAAUCAAGAACCUCCCCGAGCACAGCCCAUCUAAAGGCUUCCAGCUCACUCGACAGGAGAUCGUGGCCUUAAUGAACGGCUUCGGCAGGUUAUCCACCAGCAUAUACCAGCUCCAUAAUUUCCGUCUGCUGUUGAAGGAGAAGAGGUAACAGGAGGCGAUGCUCCAUCUGGACAGUAGGCGUUGCCAGCCCACAAAAAUCAGCAACAGUCUACCUGGUGCUCAGAGGAAGGACUUCUGCAUGGACCUGAGGAUCAGCAGUGAACUCCACCACGCCCUUCUCCCCCAUUUUUUGUCCCACCAAUCUCCUGUUUUUUCCCCGCUCUGUAACAUCCUCCUCCCCCUCUGUCAUAGGUCAUGAAUGUGAAUUCUUCAGCCUCCUCUUGCCUUCAUCAGAAACUGAUUUUGGAAAUUUACACUGAUUCGUUUUUCUCUGCUGUUGAACCGUUUUCCUUGAAAUGUUUUUUGGAAUGAUGAUCCUGAAAAAGCAUCUGGUUUAUUUUGAUAUUGUACUGGAAGAAGUGAUCAGACCAAACCCUGAGUGAUGGGACAGACACUUGGUGCCUGGACACAGCAGGAGGCCACUGUCCAUCAGACCCCGCCCUCUGCUGACCUCACAUCCUGCUGUAUACUGUUUAAACCUGGUUUAAAACCUUUUUGUUGUGUAGAAGAAGGAAGGACUGAGACAGAACAUGUCUGUUUGUGUGUCUGAACCUGUCAGCAUGCAGCUGCCUGUGUUUUCUUCUCCUGGUCUCUCAGCUUUCUCACCGGCUCAUUUUGUUUUUGUUUUAUUGCUCUGAUGAUGGAACAGUCCGUUCAUGUUUACCAUCUCAGGCCUGAUUUAUGUCAGCUCACUAGAAGACGUGUGUGCGUGUGUAUCAGCAAUUGCAGCUAUAAAAUAAUGAACUAUGA